UGGUGAAUAAAAGCUGGAUCCGCACAACAUUACUUCCUUUUGAGUUAUGUCCCUUGUUAAAAAUUAGUAAACAUCCACGAUGCGCUUGGAAAAGUGCUAUUUUUGUUCUUCAACUGUGUAUCCAGGCCAUGGUAUACAGUUUGUAAGAAAUGAUUGUAAAAUAUUUAGAUUCUGUAGAUCCAAGUGUCACAAAGCCUUCCAAAAGAAGCGUAAUCCCAGAAAGGCAAGAUGGACAAAGGCUUUCCGUAAGGCGGCUGGAAAAGACCUGGCUGUGGACCCGUCAUUCGAGUUUGAAAAGCGAAGAAAUGUACCUGUGAAAUACAACAGAGAACUCUGGACAACAACAGUGCGAGCCAUGCAGAGGAUCUCUGAAAUAAAAAACAAAAGACAGAAUCAGUUUAUAUUGAACAGAUUAAAGAAAGGCAAGGAGCUUCGGAAGGAGGCUGAUGUGCGUGAGGUCCAAAAGAACAUACACCUCAUCAAGUCACCUGCAGCACGAUCUACACAAUUGGAAAAACGACUGGUGGAAGUUAUCAGAGAAGAAGAUGAUGCAAAAAUGGAGGACGAUUUGUGAAGAUCAAAUAAAAACUUUGUACUUAAAGAGUGAGAAAAUGGCAACAGCUUAAAAAUACCUCUUAAGAUUAUUUAAGGGUCAUAACUAUACCAUUCCUUGUGCCUUGGGAACAUGGGGCUUAAUGUGUGAAGUGUUUUCUCAGAUUAGCCUGUCCAUGCAGUUUACCGGUAAUCUGGGACGACACUUGUCACUUUAAUUGUAUUGUUUGCUUAAAAGAAGUCUCUUCUCAGCAAAAAUCCAAUUAAUGUGGAAAGUGAUGUCCUUGGUAAGCAUGUAAGGACUGCAAGGGCUAGUCCUGGACAACUCUUUGCACAUGCAUUAGGCCCUAUUUUCCCAGACCAAGGUCUAUAAUUUUGCUUUUACGUGGAUAGUUGAAUUGGGAAAGGCAAAUUUCUCACAAAUUAUACUGUGCCAGAAGUGACUCUUUGAAGUUCUAAUACACUGUCAAUAAUACUGAAAUUAUUUAAUGAUGUUUUAAACGAUGAUUGUUACCUUUCAAAAAUAAAUAUUUGCUUGAUCAAAUUUUCUGUUGAUUUUAUUUUGAAUGUCAAUUUAAAUUGUAAUAUGCGAGUGUCAAGAUGAAGAGUAAAGUUUUAGAGUAGCUUG